AUGCUUACAGACCACUCAACAUGCACUAUGAGUAUCAAUAGCUUGGCUGCAUUUCAAAGCUCCAAGAAAGCAAUAGCUUGCCGUACACUAUAUCAUGAUAGAGGAACAGAGCCAUGGCAAAGAAAGACAAGUACAGAUGCUUGGCUUUUGACAGGUGUCAGCGAGGCAAUUGAAGGACCCGAUGGAACGGACAAGUGUUACCUAGGUCAUCGAAGAACUUGGCUGGGAAAUAAUGAGUGGGCCAUAAUUAGAUCUGUGGACACACGCAAAUUGAAUCAGCCAGGGGAUUGGCCCAUGAAUGUUAAAGAGAAACAUGGCCCAUGUGAAGUUAAAUCUACGACAACAAAAGUAACCCAGUCGGCAUCAAUAUCGCCCAAUCGUAUCAGUGCCUCACCCUUACCGCCGUGCAAUUCUUCAUCUUCCUCAUUUUAUCGAGAAAGCUUGUCUACAGAUACUUCAUUAAAGAGGAGCAAGGAAAAUAUUCACACUAGCAUUGACAUUAUUGGACAUGUCGACUCCAGCAAGUCUACAACCACCUACAAGUUGGGAGGUAUCAAGAAGGAAGCCUUCAACUUAAUCGAUAAGGAUGGCUACAGUUGCAUCACAACAAAGGAACGUGGAACAAUUAUGAAAUUGCUUGGGCAAAAUAGAACUGAAGUUGAACUUCAGGAUAUGAUCAACGAAUUAGAAGUAGAAGGUAAUGGAACCAUCGAUUUCCCAGAAUUUCUAAACCUGUUAACAAGGAAGAUGAACACUCAAAGGGGUGCAAUAUUCACAGAGAUAAAUAAUAAUGUUAACAAGAUAGCUAAAUGGACCACUCCAGCAAUUGUGACUAGUGCUAACAUGAUGAGAAUGGGUUAUACAACCACAGUUCAUCCUUGUGAUCAUUUUGAUUUGGUGAUAUUAGCAAUUGUUGGAAACAAGCAGAAGGGAAUUGAUGGUCAGAUUGGAACAAAAUUUGAUGAUCAGUUUACCCCGCAUGAAAAGUUUCUCCUGUUACCAUUGAAUCUUAAAAUAGCAAAACUCAAAGAAAAGCUCACAACCAGCCGGGAAAUACAAGCAUCACUGGUGGAUAUAGAAGAUAGAAAUGCUUCAUUUAAUGGGUUACCAGAAUGGAUUGGUGCCUUUGAGGUAAGUUUUGUUUUGAAUAAACUCAUUGGUGUAAGCUACAAGUUCGAAGAUACCAGAUCAAGGGAUGAAUUAACAGAAAAAUUUAGAGAAUUCGUGUUGCAUUUUGAGAUCCCGGGAACACCAUUCAAGAUUUAUGGCAAGGCAAAGGGCAAGACAAAGAGGUCACCAAGGAGCGUUUGGAUGCUAUACACAAUUUCUAUCCACCUUGAGGACAAGGUGGUUCUUUUGGGCUGGGGUAUUGUUAUGCAUCAACUUUUGCAAUAUAUGAUAGAUAAGGGCAAUAUGGGAAAUUCAACAAAUAAAAGGACAUUAGGGACAGUUUAG